GCACAAAUCUAAACAGCAGCGUAAAGCAGGAUGAGGCAGCCGGAUCCGGAGCUGGAGCAUCUUCUUCUUCUUCAUCAUCCAUCCGAGCCAAGCUGAGCGCACGUAUCCCGAGGAGUGGGAGGGAAAAACAGUGAAACAGCAAAGAGUGCAUGAGAGAGGAGUGAUACAUCAGAGAGUGGAAGAAGAAGAAGAAGGGUAGUGUUGUUGUGUUUCUGCAGCAGCACAGUCUCAGUCUGCUGCUGCUGCUGCUGCUGAGCGCCAGACAGCUCGGCGCUGUUUUCAACCAUCCACUGACUGAGGAGGAGCAUCUGCUGACAGGAAUAAACCCGGGACCGAUCAUGGGUUUGUCCUUUUGGUAAUACCAUCUUCGAACCUGCAUCUGUUGACAUAGAGAAAUAGUACCACCAUGGGAUCCAGGCUGAGCAGACAGGGCAGUUUGGACAAUGAGAAUUUCGCCAAAAAGCGACGCAAGCUUCUGGAGAGCGGCGGAGAGAGCGACAGGGGCAGCCGGGGCGGCGGGGACUUUCUGUUUGCACUGAUGCUCAAAUCAGACAAACUGCCGGGGAUGCUGCGGAGGACCAACCACAGCCCCUACAUGAGGAGGGUGACAUGGAUCAAGGAGAUCCAGAAGCUGCUCCGAGACCGCAGGAUCGAGCAGGCGACCGACGUGCUUAAACUACUGAGGAAGGUGAGUGAGGAGAGGCUGCUGCACAGAGCAAAGUCAGACAUGUUUUCACCACACAGCAACAGAUGCACACAUCAUCCUGUUUGGUUUGCAGAGCCACAGGUGCCUCUGUGACCUCUGGCCCCUCUGUCCAUCCAUCCAUCCAUCCGUCCAUCCAUCCAUCUUCUGCGCACUUCCUCCUGAAGUUUUGGUAGAAAGUAGGCCACACGCAGCAGCAGCAGACUGAGCAUUGUACCUGCUGUGACACAUUGUUCUAGUGUUUGUCUGUGACUCACUCACUCUCACUGUGGGUGAACGUGCUCCUCCGUGUUGACAUGUGAUUUAAAACUCGAGAGUAUCAUCAUCACAUUAGAGACAAUCAAGUUUUCUCUGAACUGGAGAUCUGGAUGUUUCCGAGAACACAGAUCCUCCUCAAUCCUCUCUUCCUCUGUCCUUGUUUCCUCUCCUAGUCUCACCUCUAGUAAGUAGGGAUGCACCGAUUGGAUAUUUGGAUCGGAUAUCGGCUCCGAUAUCGACAGAUUAACUCGAUCGGAUAUCUGAUGAAUGAUGCCGAUCCAUUUUUUUUUCUUUGAAUUAGUAUCGUACGCAACCACACUGCGAUAUUCUCUCUCUCUCUCUCUCUCUCUCUCUCUCUCUCUCUCUCUCUCUCUCUCUCUCUCUCUCUCUCUCUCUCUCUCUGCCUGGUGGCUGUCUAACAUGAGUCUGGUCCUACUCGAGGUUUCUGCCUGUUAAAAGGGAGUUUUCCCUCGCCACUGUUGCUUAUGUUAGAUGAGAUGGGCCAAAUCCCAUCUUAGGUUUGUUCUUGAUAAUUCGUCUAGACCUGCUCUUGUUCUCUGAAAAGCGUCUUGGGAUGACGACUGUUGUAAAUUGCCGCCAUAUAAAUAAGAUUUGAUUGAUUUGAGAGAUUUUGUUCGCUCUGUCUGCUGCUCUGUCACACUACGUCUGUCUAUCCCUUUGCACCUAACGUUUACAAAGAAGUCUACUUUCUUUUUGCUGAGUGCUAAUAUGCAAUUUGUAAAUUUCUAUCUGUGUUAAUUUGUUACCUUUUUUUUAAUAAGGCUAAUGUCAAGCCUGAUGCUUUCACUCACAGGGCGAGGUAUAAAGUUCAUUCAUUCAACAGUAGUAUUGGAUCGGUAUUGGAUAUCGGCCGAUACGUUUAGCCCAGAUAUCGGUAUCGGAUUGGAUCGGUGCAUCUCUACUCCUAAGGCUGUUCUCUCACACUGCCAUUACAGCAACCUGCCCCCUCCAUCCCCCUCCAUCACUAAUGCUCCUCUCUCUCUCCCUCUCUCUCUCUCUCUCUCUGUUUGUAAUGGCCUGAGCUCCAGCAGCAGCAGCAGCAGUGUAAGCCCCAGAGUCCUGUGUUCCUCUGCACAAAAUAUGAUUCUUCUUCUUCUGCGAAAGGUUUUUAUUAAAGAAGGUCACCGAAAUGAAAAUCCAGACUGCUGCCGUGUUUUUAUCUGCAGAAGUAAAUUAAUCUCCCUCUGUUUUGGUUGAAAGUUCAUCUUCUCUGAGCAGAAAUGUCAAAUUUGUGCUGCUCAGAGCUUCGCAGGAAUAAAGAUCUGCUGCUUUUCUGGUGUUUUUAGGAGAGAAUUUGAGGAGUUUUUAAAUUUAGGCUGUUUGUUAAGAUAAAAAAACAGAUUUUUUUUUUUUUGAAGAGACAUUUCAUUGAAAUCUGCUGCAGAAACUUGAAUGUUUUUGUCUAAUCGAAGUAGAAAUGUAAAGUUAGAUUUUAUUUAAGCAACUUUGACCUAUAAAGUCCCAAAAAAUUUUCACAUUUUAAAACAUUACUGACCAAAAAAUACUAAAUAAAUUGGUUGGAAUGAAUAAACACAAAUCUGCUGAUGGAAUCUAUAAAUUAAGACACUCUGCUAAUUUCAAAAAUCUAAAUUUUUGUUAAAUUUCAAAACUUAUUUCAAGUAACGCAGCUCUUAUUCUUCUUCAUAUGAGAUCCAGAAAUAAGACAUUGUUAACACUUUAUUUGACGUCUAUCUCUAUAAGGCAUUAUAAAUAUAUUAAUAACGAGUUAUAAUCACGUUAUAGCUCUGUAGAACUAUAGUUAUAAACACUCAUAAAUGAUCAUGAGGCUUUAUAGCAAUAAUCAUAACACAUUUUAAAGCAUUUUAUCAUGACUUACAAGGUAAGGUAUUAUAAUGUGUUGUGGUUAUUGUUAUAAAGCCUUAUGAUAAUUAAUGAGUGGUUAUAAAUAUAAUUAUACAGUAGGGCUGGGCGAUAUGGACCAAAAGUCAUAUCCCGAUAUAUUUAGGCUGAAUAUUGAUAUAUGAUAUAUAUCCUGAUAUUGUUUUUGCAAAGUGAGAGCAAAUGUUUCGUCACAGACAAAUAUGACAUGUCACAAGUAUUUCUAUUUAAACUGGCGAGAUGAAUAAUGCUCAGCUGUUCAAAGAACAAAAAACUGUAAACAUAAAUACUCUAUAAUCACAUCGGAGCUCCAUAAGUUACACAUUUAAAUAAAAAUAUAUCUUAAUAAAAAUAGCCCAUAAAGUAAAAUAGGCCAAUCUUUUUCUGAAAUAAAUGUAUUUAUAUGAGAAAAGCAUCAACAUUUUGACAAAGUUAUAAACGGCCGAUUAAAAUCAAAUUACAGAUUUUCUUCUCCUCUCUAACAAAUCCACAGAUGCAAACAGCGAACACUACAAAAGACUUAAAUAUGACAAACACUAAUAAGGGCAGCAUUUACAUGUAUAAAGAGAGAACGAAAUAAAGAGCUCAGUUAAAGAAAACUGUUUUUAAACAUCAUUUUGAGAUUACCAAUCUGUCUUUCUUAUCUUCUUAACACCAAGACUAUGAACUCAGUCAACAUUUCCCCUCCUCUUUCUUUUUCACUUUGAUAAACAGUUUGUGUUGUCUGGGGGUCGACAUUAGAGGACAGACAAGUGUGUCCUUCUUUAUUUAAAGAUUUUGUGUGAGAAACACCAGCCUGUCAACAACAACAUCUGAUCUCUCUAUAUCGAUACAUGCGAUAUGGUCCGAUUCCAUAUCUCAUUUAAAUGAUAUAUUGAUAUAUUUCUAUAUCGGUGUAUCGCCCAGUCCUAUCAUACAGUGCUCUAAUGUGAUUAUUACGCAUUAUGAAUAUACUUAUAAUGCGUUAUAUAGAUAAAGUGUUACCAAGAGAUUUUAUUUGACCCAUCUAAUCACUCCGUUUAUACUACAAAUCAGACAAAAACAUCCUCUCAGUUUUAAGAUGUCCUCGUUGUGCUCGACGUGCUCUUAUGCAUAAACUCUGAAAUUAUUACAGAUCUUCACAGAGGGUUCACAGAUUGUCCAGUUUUUGUGGUUUUAGUAAAGGUGGUGCAGGAUUCCCGAGCUACAAGUAGGUGCUGCGGUGGUGACCUACAUCUUCCACAGCUCCACUUUUCUCCGUAAAUGAUGUUGAAUCUUAAUCGGAGGUUUAUCCCGCAUGAAUCCUCGCCUCACCUGCAGCGUUAAACACGUGUUUGAGAAUAUGUAGGUGCAUCAGAGCUAUGACAGCAGCCGUGGUGAUCUCAUUUGUUUGCUCGCCCUCAGGCCGUCCUCUGUCUUUUAGCUGUCAGCCGAUCCCACGUUAAUUACUCUGAAGCCUCGACACAGGAGAGGGCUGAACAUCCUUAAUCAAGGCGGCGAGAUAAACUGGCCAGCCUGGGCUCCAUGACAGCCACAUCACAGGGGACGCAGGCUCGCUUCCUCUAAAUGAGCUCCGCUUUUAUUAAAUAAGCCCAACUUUAUCUUUUCUCACAGAUGUCUGAGAGAUCUUCUUCUCUGAAUCUGAAAGGAGCUGCCGGUGGAGUUAAUUGGUGUGUAACAGCGAGCUCUGCUCCAGAUGUGACAAAGAUCUGAGCCUCCGCCGCAGAUAUGAGACGGAUUUGUGACUUCCUGCUGUGAUUGCACGUGACAAUUGACGGUGUUGAAGCUCAGAAAGAAGGGAGAUAUUUUUAUACCUUGUUUGUCAGGAGGGCAGAAGCAGCGUCUCCCUCCUCGCGCCCUGGGUUCAGACUGUGUUUACUGUUGCCCUUGUUAAGAGGGGAGCCGGUAAUGCAGAGCUGCCAACCUCCCACUCAAACUGUCUAUUACAAUCAAUGCUCAUUGUGUUGGAGAGAAGGAGAUGUGUGUGCAUCUGCAUGUGUGUGUGUGUACUGUAUGUACUUGUCUCUGAGGCUUUCUUCUCUCAUUAAAGUUUCAUCGGCUGCACAAGUGUACGCCUCAUUAAGACCUUCAGGAUGGACAUGUUGAUGCAGACAGAACGUACAGUUCAGUUCACAGCUGUACCGCUGCUGCUGCUCUGCUGCUCUGCUGCGUGUCUCCCUCACGCUCUAAAGGUCAUCUGAAAGCUCCUCUUUUUUAUUUGCUUUGAUUUGUUUUUGCUGCAGAUCCUUUUUUGGAGUUGUCAUUUUCAUGAGUAAGCUGCGACGACAGCUGUCAGUCCUGACCUCUCUGCGGAUAAAUUCAUGUGCUGCUCAGAUUUCUAAAUCGUAUUUAUGUGAACUCUUCUAUUUAAGAGAAGCACAGCUGUAUGAAAGAAGGAAAAUAGGUGAACAGUUUAAGGAUGAAGUAGGGCUGGGCGAUUAAUCUAAAAUUGACCGAUACCAAAAUUAAGCAGAUGUCCAAUAACAUUUACUACAGAGAUAACGGGCCAAGUGUUCAUUUAGUGAUCAACCUAGGGCUGGACGAUAAUCCAAAAAUUACUGAUACUGAAAUUUAAGACAAUAACCAACAUCAUUUUGCACAUCAAAAUACUUUGUGUCAAAAUAAACAAAUAAAUCAAAGUUUGUUUUGGAUGUGUGUAGGUAGGCUAUGGUCUCAUGUCCCUUUAAGAUGCUGUCCUACGUGUAGUUUGACUCCACCCCAUCCAGUCCAUAACAAAGAGGGAAAGACAGGUGAGGAGAUGGAGGACGGUGCUCAAUAUAAUAAUAACUGCUCAAUAUAUCGUGAUAUUGAUUUGAGGCCAUAUCUCCCAGCCCUAAUAUGAAGUCUGUAUUUAACAUCUUGGCUAGUCCUUAAAUAAAGGGGGAAUGCAGUAACUUUUAAAUAACAAAUAUGCAUGUUCAUUAGGGCUGGGCGAUAUAGUCUCAAAUCAAUAUCACGAUAUAUUGAUCAGUUCACCUCGAUAACGAUAAAUUGACGACAACUACUCCACAAGCUGCUCACCCCCUCCCACAUUAACUUCGUCUACUUCAGCCGCUACAACUUUCUCUCCGUCCUCCAUCUCCUCACCUGUCUUUACCUCUUUGUUACGGACUGGAUGGGGUGGAGUCACGUCUCUAAAACCACUUUAAAUAAAAAAACGUCUUAAAGGGACAUGAGACUAUAGCUAGGGUGACCAUACGUCCUCUUUUACCCGGACAUGUCCUCUUUUUGGGGGGCUGUCAGGGUUUGUCCGGGGGAGUUUAUAAAAUCCUUCAAAUGUCUGUAUUCGGUUCAUACAGAAGUUUCGAGUUUGUGUCACAUGGACUUACUGAGUUAGAAGCACAUAAAAGACACACGAUCCGACCCGAAAAACUCUCAAAAUUCACUCUGUCUCUUUUUGGGAAGUCAGAAUAUGGUCACCCUAACUAUAGCCCACCUACACAUGUCCAAAACCAACAUUAAUUUAUUUAUUUUUUUGACACCAAAUAUACGGAUAUGGACAAAAUGUCGUUAGUUUUUGUCUCAAAUUUCGGUAUCUGUAAAUUUUCGGUUUAUCAUCCAGCCCUAGUCUUCAUUUAGCUUUAUAUCAGAUCCGUUCUGAGUCGUGUCUUGCCGUGUUUGUGUGAGCAGGAUUGGCCCUGGCGUGUUGGGAGCAGCAGCGUGGCCGGGUGCCAUGGAGGUGUGAUUAUUCAUGCCAAACCCCGGCGCUCCCCUUAGACCUCAUUCUCCUACUGUAGAUGAAACAGCUCCUGUCUCCUCCAAUGAAUAUUUCAGCUUAAACACGUCUUUUAUCUUCCCUUCUGCAGUCACACUCUGCCUUUGAACCUGAAGCUCCUUCCUCAUCACUCCUCCUCAGCUCCAAUGUCACCCUUUCUUCUAACCACUGCAGGAUGUUUCUUACAGUUUCACCUCGCCGUCUUUAUAUGACGCCUCUCCUCUGAUCUGCUUAUUUCAGGAUCUCGGUUUGGAAGGCACUUCACUCAACGACAUCUUAUACAAAAACGCCGCCUUCCUCAACCUGGUGGACCCCAUCUCCCACGAGCUGCUGCUCAGCCUGGCUCGAGAGAUGCAGUGUCCUAAGAAGGUCAGCUUUUUUACUUUUUGUUUCUCCAAACACUCACAGGCCGUCGACAAAGACCAGGCUGGAUGUCAGGGAAAAAUCAUUCACCUAGAAGUUUCUGCCUUGAAUGGUUUCCUUUUGAGAUCGAUGAAAAUCUAGUAGGAGGAUUUUAUCGACUUUUAUUUCAGUGAAGACGGUUUAAAGAAGCUCUGCAGACUCAUGCAGCACGACCAUCUGGAAUAAAAACAGCCGUGUAGUUUGAAGUUUGUUAUAAUUGUGUCAUGUUUAAAUUUAUAUAAGAACCACAAAGUAGAUCUUAAACUGGUGAAGGAGGAUUAAAACAAAGUGUACUCUACACUCAGAGAGACAGUCCUGCUUCCUUAUCCAGACUUAAACACUUUUAACUUAAAGCUCCAGUGGGAAACUUUAGAUAUGAGUCAAAACUGGACAAAAUUACACGAUAAAAGGUGUUCAUCUAGUUACUGAUGGGUUUAUUUGUCAUGAAAGGCACCAAUUAUAAUUUCAGGUUGGUUCAGAAAGGUCAGAAAACUCCUUAAACAGCCAGUCCUCUUAUAGGUCAUCGAGGCCAACGCAAAAUUUCAGGGUUUUCAGCAACUUCACAGAAACAGUGACUCCUUUUUAGGCCAGUAUAGUUCAUAAAGAAGAGAAAGACAAUUUUCCAUUUCAUCAAAAUUACACAACUGUCUGUUUUCUUCUGGGAUAUUUACAAAUCGAUCAACUUCGAUACUCUGCAACCAAGAAUCUUUAGCUCCGAGAUAAACAGGAUGUUUUACGACAUAUCAAUCCCCUCAAAAAUCAGGCAGAAGCGUUUUGCUAACCCUGGAGGGUCGUGUAUUUAGCUCCUCAUAAACGUUCCUUGUUAAAUUUGCCCUUUUGGUAAAAUUUCACAAUCAGAUUGUUGAACUCAGCCCACAUCAGGGAUCACAGCAGAUCUACAAAAUGCCACAAAACACCAUAUGGCUCUAUUCUGUUCAGGAUCUACGUUUACAGAGUCUCUCCUGCAGAAGAUCAUGAAUCGAGAAGACCUUUACAGACUUUGACUUUGCAGAAUAAAAAAGGACACUCAGUUCCCACCUCAAAGAAACUGAGAUAUCUGUACGCUUUAACAGAAUCCAAUCUGAUUCAACAUGUGCUUCUCCUCUUUUUAGUCAGUUAGUUCAAUGCAAUCCACUGAAUUUGUGCAGCAAGUGUCUCAUCUUCAAAUCUUGUACCCGGACACUAAAGUUUCAUGUCGAUAUCUUCCAAACCUCAAACCUUAACCCCCAGAAGAAGCUCAUGACAUUAAAACAGUGUGCUGUGUUUUUGCAUAUGUGAUUAUUUCGGAGUAGGCGAUGACCACCAGCAGCCUCGACAUGCUUAAUGAACUGAAAUGACCAGUGUUUACCAGUGGCUGUGUUGAAUCUCCUCUCCUGUGCACUUCCUGUGUUUUCCCCGUCGGUGCUUCUGCUUCUGAUUAGAUUUUCUUGCUCCAGCACGGCGGCUAAAUUGUGUUUUGUUCAGGAGUAGCUCAGGGCGUUACGUAUAAUAACAAACCAUUUCUUUUUUCUUUGGAUGCAGGUUGAUAAUUUUUAGAAAACUUUGCAGGACUCAGAGUCCAGGUUGUGUAAAGAUGUUUCCUCUCAUAUUGAAUCUUUCCUGUUUGUCUUUUGAACAAUUAUGAUCCUUUUUUCUGCUCUGUGCUGCAGGAUGCGGACACCAUCAAAUCCUCUGACAAGAUUUGCAGACAGCUCAUCUACCACCUGACCCCACACUCAAAGUGGCUGAGGCAGAGCAUGUCCAGACGGAAAUCCCAGGCCUGGUAAGCCCUCCUGUCCAGACGUCCAGUCUGUAAUGAAUCUGCAGAAAACAGGACUCCAGCUGUAGAGAUUUUCAUCUUUGUAGCUGACAUUGAAGUAGGACAGAGCCGACCACAGGCUGACCUGACGAGAGCGCCAUGGUUACCACAGCUGUCAAUCAUCCCUCUCUCUUUGAGCGCGCUCAGGUCCGUGCGGCGGAUGUGUUUGCUGCUGGCCUUUCUCUCUUUAAAAGCAGCACAGAGGAAACGUGUGCGUGUGUUUCUGUGUGUGUUUGCAGGGUAAAAAGCUGGCAGGGUCGUGAUAAAAUGUAAUUAUGCUUCUCUUGACGAAAGAUUGAAUUGAAGGUGAUGUGCAAAUGAUAAACAGAGUAUCAGCUUGUGUACAAAUAGGUUUUUUGUGUGCCUAGGUGUGCUCGCUUCUCCUUUUCAUGAAGAGAUAUUCUCCUCCGUGUAACAGCUCGUUCUGCAGCCAGCCGCGGUGCUGCAAAUAAUGCUUUCAUUUUUCUGUGGGUGGAAAUAAUCUCAGGAUAGUUGAAAAGGAGACAAUGAGAACACAGUGAGACGAGACAUUUUCAUUAGAAGUCGGUAUCAACACGCAGAAUCAGAGGAAAGCAGAGACAUAUUCGCACUCGUCGUCGUCGUCUGGCAGAAUCAGACACUCCACAGCAGAGCUGCACUGAGCACAGCUUUGUUGUGCACUUGGACUUUAAAUUCAACCCAGAAGAGCGAAGAAGACGUGAGAUUUAAGUGACUCUGACAGCGUCUCUGAAAUGCUGAAUUUCUGCAGAUACAUAGGAUCGCUGAAUUCUUAGCUGAAGGGCCUUUUUUGACUUAGUCAUGUUGUUGGCUUCAAAACCUGCAGAGAGAGACAGUCUGACACGGGCUGAGACAGCAGGAGCAAGAUGAAUCAUUCAAACAACAAUCCGCCCAAAACAGAAUAUUAAUACUCGAGAUGCUGUGAGCUCUGACGGCUUCGCCUGCCGUCGUGUUCGUGAACAAAUAGCUGUCAAAGAUAGAAGGAGAAGAGACGAGGAGGCUGGUCCGCCUCUCACUGAGAAAUCACCUGUCCUUAUUUUUAGAGAUACCGUUUCUGUCCUGGUCAUUUGAUCAAAUCUGCUGUCUUUCUUGGAUGCACACUCAGUUUUUUCAGACAAGCUGCUGCGGUCCCUUUGGAGCGGCAUGGUUCACAGGUUGUGUUUGAAAGCAGGUCAACGUUUAAGGAGGCGAACUGAAGUGGUUACCAAUGGAGAGUUAGAGAGAAUAAAUAACACUGACGAUUCCGGGCGACAAGUAACCAGCAGAUGGUCGGCUCAGUAUAGAGCGUCGGAUAAAUGUUGAAUCACGGGAACAAAGUAAGACUGAAGGUAACACAAUCUUCACACUAACAGCUUUAACGCCUGUUUAUCAACGCUAUAAAGAUCAUUUCAUGUAUGAAGGUAAAGUGUUAAAACUCGGUUUGGUGCUGGACUGUCUCUCAGACUUUUAAACAAAAAUUUGACUCGAGAUGUCGUCUGUUAUAGUCCAAGAGUUACGAGCAUUGACUGUAUAUAUAAAGAAUGCUGUCUGCCUUCUCGCUGGGUGAAGCCACCGUGAGAACAGCACCCUCUGGUGACGGGUUGCAGUAUAGGUCAUAAAUCCCACCUCCAGCAAUCCCUGUUAUGGUAACGUAGGUUCUGCAUGCUGGAUCCGGGCGCUGCUAUAUAGAGGUGCCGGAGCGGAGUCUGGAAUGGACUGCUUGUACCGCAGUGCUGAUAUCAGAGGUUUUAGAUGCAGGCCGAUGUAAUCUGAUAUUUGUUUUUUGCUGAUAUUGGACCGAUAUCUGAUAUCAAUAUCAUAUCAGGACAUCCCUAGUUUGAGCGUCAUCACAGUGACUCUUCCGCCAAAUGUGUACAAUGCGACUGCGCAAGUGGAGGUUCCAGGAAGUGGAGAAAAUCCCGGAAAUACCGAGAGCAAUUCGGCUUCAAAUUCAUCUAAUGACAGGAAGGCGGAGCCAAGUGAUCAUAGUAUAUACGGUCUAUGGUAAUGAGUUAUAAACAAAGAUACAUCAACAGUCUCUUUGCAGUAAAUACUGAAAAACAAAUCAACAGGUUAAAGCAGAACUGCUGCGGGUUAAGAGUGGAGUCCCUCAGGGCUCUCUGUCGUGCCAAUUUUUUUUGAUGUGAAGCCUCCAAUGAACUAAAUACAAAUUUGUUUGCAGAUGAUUUUCCCCGCAGGGAAACUUUAAAAAGCAGUUGGAAACUGAAGGGAAUGAAUUAAAGAAAGAGAUUGAAAUAAAUUUCCACUCAACCCGAGGAAACUAAAUUGAUUUGAACAUUUGGAAACUGGUCAACCAACUUCAACAUUAAACUGAAAGACUGUCUGAAAUAAAAUUACCUCGACAUAAAUCAUAACAAAUCAAAAAACUUCUGAAUCAAAUAUGAAGGAAAAUGAAAAGGACUAAAACUGAACUUCAAAGAGGCUGAACCUGGGAUCUUUGGCUGUUAGGAGUCUGUGUAAAAAACAUGCUGUCAGAGUUUUUGAUGGUUUUGGCUGCACACAGAUUUUUUACUCUGACUGUUAAAGCGAGACCUUGUGAUAUCUUACUUUUUGAGUUUCAAGCAGGAGAUGUCCAAAAAAGUUUACUACAGAUAACUGGCCUCUGAUAGCCAGGUGUUCAUUGAGACAUUGCUUUCAGACUCUUUAGUGAUCAACCACUAAUCAGGGAAAGUAAGCUGACAUUAGACAUCUAAAGUCUCUUAGUUUAAAGCUUAAAAAAACUCAAAAAGAUUAUAUUUAUACAAACUCACAGUUUAAAGAAAUGAGCUACACUGAGACUACGUUUACACAAGCCCGACUAUUUUCAUUAACAGACAUUUCACCCUCUCCAUUUACAAAAAAACUGCGUGCACACCGCUACGUUUUCAGAAAAGUUUUUUGUUUACACUAACCCAUGAAAAUAUGCCGUCAAGAGCAUGCCAAACCUGUAGGUGGCAGUGUAGCAAGAAGCUCAAGCCCACAUUAGCCAAUCAGAAUGCACCCAUGAUCACCAUAGAUUGUAAACAUCGACUGUAGAAUGUAAACAACGUCGCAUUUAACCCAGUUUCUGGCGCACAAUCUGCCGUCAGCGACCCAAAUCUCAGUUUACCUCCAUUUUUUUCCAUUUACAUGCAAACGUGCAAACCGAGUUUUCCAAAUCCUCCACUCUGGCCUGAGUUUUCGAAAGGUGCAAACGAUGGUUAAUGUCUCAGUUUUUCUGUAUCAUUAAAUUUUUGUUGUAUCAUCCAGCCCUACCCCAACCCAUAACCCUAAUUAGUUAAUAACAAUGUAAGUCUCCUCCAUUAUUAAAUGAUGGUUAGGGUUACAUCAUUUUAAUAUUAACAGGAAGACUAACUUCAUUUGUGCAGAAGUGCAUCAUUCUCAGGGUUUUCUUCACUCGCUCCCAACAAAAACAGUCCGUUUUAAUCACACCGGUUCGUUCAUCCCCUUCUUAUCCAAAACUCUUAAUACCGUAUCAGCAUGUAUGACCAAAGUGUCUCACUGAUUUAACGUCUGAAUCUCACUAAUCUGGUUAAUCUAUCCACCUCAUUCAUGUGUGUUUUUGUUGUUUUUCACCGUGAAUGAAAGACCUUCACGGCGCUCCGACAGAGGACGUGACCUAGUAUUAUUUCUGAUGAUACCUCAGGGUUUAAUUUCAUGUCCGUGUAAAAACUGUCAUCACCUCCACGACCUUUCCUGUCUUCAGUUUUCACACUACUUUGUUCCUGUUCUGCGGCUUAAUUUGACCUCAUAAUUACCUCGUUCUUCUCUCACCUGAACACUCAGAACAAAAGGGAAAAAAAAACAGUUUCCAUGUAACUUAUCUUCAUUAACCUCUGGGUGAAAUUUAGAUUUUCAGCUGUUCUUAAAUUCACAGUUUAACAGAAUAACGUGCUUAAAGCAUGAAAUCGCAUUAAAGCCUCCUCUGGGGUCCAUCAGUCUCUUUACUGAUGACUUCAUCUACUCCAGGACAAACGAGGAUACGAAGAGAGGGUUCAAAAAAGUUCAGUAUGGUCACACCAGCUCCUGCGGUCAUUCACACUCACCAAACAAACAGCUGUGUGUGUGUGUGUGUGUGAGAGAGAGUGUGUGUUUUAUUCUUUCUCACCCUUACAGUAACAAAGCAGAGAGUAAACCGAGAGUAUGAGAGAACCGUCAGGAGACAGAUGAGGUUAGAUGUCUCAUCUCGUGUCUCUCCUGUGCAGUUUGGCUUCAGCCACGAGAGGACCGAAAUGAAUAAUAGAGCGAAAGCUUCGGCGUCAAUGACUCUGCAAAAAUCUGUAGCGUGUGAGCGAUGCAAUAACAGCCCAAGGGAGAGCAAUGAGCGGGAAAAAAAAGUGAGUUAAUGUCGAUGUAGAGUGGGAUUUUUAUGACGGCUGUUAUUACCCACACUCUUACUCAGAGAGAUACAGGAUUUCUCUUCCUUUUAAAGAGCAGUUUUCCUCAGAUCGACUCGACAUGAAUAUUUACGGUCAUAUAUCUUUAGGGUGAUUUGAAUAACAGCAGCCGAGUGUCAGAGCUUGACAAACAGAAGCUGAUGAGCCAUUCACGAGGAUUAAAAACUCAUUCUGAUCCCUUUUGUUUGUUUGUAAUAAGGCUUCAUUAUACUUGAAUUGAACGGAUCGCUCCAUAAUUCAGUGCUUAUUUAUUUCAUUACUUAAUUGUGCAUGAAUUGCAUGAACUAUUGCCUCAGUAUGUGCCUUUGCCAUCUGGCUUUAAUUCAACAUUUUAGUGUAGGAGUUUUUUUGCUUUUCUGCUGCUUUUAUGAAAUCAUUUAAGAUUUAUAGUAAAGGUGCCGCUCUAAAAAUAAUUGAGGUUUGAGUUAGGGCUGCACGCUUUUGGACGAAAAUAAAAUCCAGAUUUUUUUUCUCUGAAGACUGCAUUUUCGAUUUUGAUGUUUUAUUCAGUGACAACUUCACCAAACUUCACUUAAAUUUUUUUUUCUCUAUCAUCUCUCAAAAUGAAACCACUAAAAACGAUGUAGUGCAUAUGCCAAACCAGUUAGUGGCGCUGUAACGCUGCACAGGAAAUGCACAAAAGACAGAAGAAGAGUACAGAGCAUGUGUAUAAAGGUUGUUUUGGUCGGACACGUGCAGGCGCCGUAAAAGAUUUAUGCUGUGUGUCACUUGAUCGUUUCCAGAGAUGCAGAUAGACAUCCACACGGAGAUGAAAUGGUCGUCGUUUACAGAUUUAUGAACUAUCUGACCCGUUUUCAAAAAGUAUAGUUUACAGUAGGGCUGGGCGAUAUGUCCUCAAAUCAGUAUCACAAUAUAUUGAUCAGUUCACCUCGAUAACGAUAAAUGGACGAUUACUACUCCACAAGCUGCUCACCCCUUCCUCAUUAACUUCGUCUACUUCACUGAUUAUACCGAUAAUAACGUUGGUUAUUGUCUUAAAUUUCAGAAUCUGUGAAUUUUUGGUUUAUCGUCUAGCCCUAGUUUACAGUCACCUGAAAUGCUGUUUCCGUGUGGAUGAAACGCCGAUACAUCACAAAACUUUUGCGUUUACUCCUGAAUUUGUUAUCUUGUGAACAGGUUGAUACCACCCUCAGACAGACUUUGCAGCGGGGAGUGGUUUGCUCUUCAUCUGAAACUGUGAAGUCGUACCAACUCAACACGACUGACUCGCUCUUGACCUAUUUAGCCACAAAAUUAUCGCCUUCUUUUGCAAAUGCCAUUUUUGUUUACACUGGUGUGUGUGUGAACUGGGGAGCACUUCCACAGUAAGGAGGAGCCUACGGUGGCCUGGAGGCGCAAGACAUGAUAGAGAGAAAAAUCGAUUUGACGAUUAUUUUUUUAACAUCAUCAGUAAAUAAUCUGAUUACGAUUGUACCGUCUUGACUUAUAUGCGACUAGAAAAAAAAAAACCUACAAGCCAAGACGUGGCUGAAACAUCAGAGUGACGCGUUCACAGUCCACUUGUCAGUAAAAUAUCAGGCUCCAAGGGUCCUUUCCAAUAAUAAUCCACCGUGAGUUUUAUUUACACCACACUAAUCAGUCCCAAAUGCACAAUUUUAUGAAAAGAUGCAGGUUCACACAGAUUUGUCCUUGACGUGCAAAAAAAAAACUAAUUGACAGUCAAAAAACAAAACACACACACCUGCCUCUCAGCAGCACGAUAUCGGUUAAAGAGACGAACGAAACACUUCCUGCAGGUGGAGCCACCUACUGGGAAAACAUCAAAAUUCCACGAACCCAAAAUCGAUAAACUACAUGAGAAAUAUAAAAUACACAAAUAUGGAAUAUGGCACUAAACCGUAAAAAUUGGCUCUAACAGCCAUUUAAAAUCGAUGAAUCGUGCAGCCCUAGCUUGAUUGAACAGUUUAUAAUUUUGCUUAGUCAUUAAGCAGAAACGGUGGUCGGUGUUUUCACAGGUAAAAUAAAAGUAAAGAGGUCCUGCUGAAGGUAUCAGUGACAGCCUUGUUCUCUGGUUUCAGUUUGAUCUGGAGGGAGGAUGAAAGAGGCUUUCUGAGAGGAGGCCUCAGACAUCAUUUCUGAGCCGCCUGAGCUAUAAAGGAUGAGACCGUCUGAAAGGACAGACAAAGAAGUGGUUGUGUGAUCAAAACCUAUUCGCACCUGCAGGGGAGACUCUGCUCGACGUUAUGACUUUUGGUCCUCUGGAAAAGAUGAGACUGCAGUCAUGUGAAAGAGGGGCGGAGGAUAGAAAAGAGACUUUGAUAAUAAGGACACGACAGCCUUGACAUUGUCUUUAUGUUGACGAAUUUCUGUUCAACAGCCGAUUAAAGUCCCUUUCAGUCUCGCUCCAGGAGCCGUUUUUAAACUCCUCUUUAACUUUUUUUUGUGCGUUUUGAAAGUACAAUAACACGAGCCCUCUAACUGCAUAAAGUUUCUGCUCCUCAACCCGUCACCUGCCUCUGAAACGAAGCUGUUAAGUGCUGCUCGGGGUCAUCCGUUCCCAACACAACCAAAAAACACUUUCAAGCAUCAGCGGCGACAGGUUCUGCAGUGGAUGUCACAGUAAGUCACUGUGAGCCAGAGGAUGUUAUAAUUCACUCCGACACCGAAUCAGCGCUACAGGCCACUUCAGCAGCAGCAGCUCCAGUUAAACACACCGCACCCUCGGGGAGGAGGUUCGCACGCCGAUAAACAAGACCGACGAGGAACAAAAGGGCAAAGUUUAUAAAUGAUGCAUCAAUAUUUCUGUAUGUAAGAACAGGAUCACAUGUGCACAAAGUCAGCACAUCAAAUCACAUUAAAACAGCCUUCAUCAAGCACUUAAUUCACUCACUUUAUAAUUAUCUCAUUAAACUUUCUAUAAUAAAAAGGCCCCAGGUGAAACUAGAGAGCAGCACACCUCAGCUGCUAAUAAACAACGAAUCAACACUUUUAAUACCAGAGAAAAAACUUAUUUUUUACUAGUACAUGUGUCAGAAUGAUGAAUUAUGAACUCCUGAUGCCCACAUUAAUAAAUCAUGAAGGUAAAGCCACUGUUUGACUAGAUUUUAACUAAAUCUGAGUUCAUGUCGAGGUCAAAAAAAGCAAAUUUGUACGGUGAAUGUUGAGUUACUGAGCAGAAGAUCAUUUUCUUUUCUUCUACAGUAGCAGGAUUUAAUUUCUAAGCUAAUUAUUGUUAAUGCAUCUCUGCUCUUUAAGGACAAAUGAGUCAAACUGCGCUCAGAUUUACAUUCUUAAGAUAUUUAUUGAUAAACCAGAUCCAAUAUCCCAACACCAGAGCUGUUCAGAGUGACGUUAAACCGCUCUCUUUAGUUACUCCUCAUGGUUUGAUUCCUGCAUUUCUUGAGAUAAUGCUUGUAGUUGCAGCUGCAUAAAUAAAGAUUAUUAAUUGAUUUAUCAUCUAUCAAUCAUGAGCGACAGGAAUUCAUACGGCGUCAACCUUUCAUAAGAGUCAUGCAUGAGUUUGUGUUAUUUUUACGCCUUUAUUUUGGACGGAUUAGAGGUCAGAGAUCAGAAAGUUUCGACAGAGUUCAGAAGAAUCUCUAAAAAGAGUUCAGGAAAUAAAGUAAACGUUGACCUUUAGUCUCAAAUUUCCUGUUUUUUUAAGUUGAAAUCAAACGUCCAAAGUUAAAACGACAGAAAACAUGACUUCUUCAUUCCUCAAAGAUUAAUCUCUCUCCUCUCCUGCUGCCCCAUAAAUAUAGUUGCCAAGUUUCUCCUUUUAUUUAAGUUUAAUCUUCCUCUAAAAACCUCUCAUAGAUUAUCUUUUAAGCACUAAAACAUUCUGGGCCUCUGCUGUAAGGAGCUCUGCGCCGCUGGCCGUCACGGCUCUAAGCUCCAGCCUCUGGCUCGUUUCGGAUGUUUUGGCUCUUCUGUUUGCACGAGUAAAUCCCCGUGCUGGAGUCUCUGCGUCAGCCUUCCGCUUCGUGCAGGCCCAGUCACCCAACGCUUUGUACAUCCUAAAAAACACGCUGAUGAAUAUUGACCCGGCGCUGGUCGAUGGAGCUCAAUUGUAAUGGGUUUUCUUGGCCCGGUACCAACGGGGCUGUUUGACUCAUUGAACGGAUGGUUUGUUUUGUUGGUUUGAUCCAGUAGGCCGGCAGCAGGGAAAGAAAAUAUCAACAGUAGUGUAAACCCGCGCAGAGUCAAGUUAUGGCGUGCAAGAGUUCAGGAAACACGACAUCUAAAGGCGCCUCAAUCUCCAAAAUAAACUUAAUCUCAUGUUUAUUCUCACUUUCUCUCUUUUCUCUCCAUCAGUCUCAAGACGACCCUCCAGAAAAAGCUCUCCAGCGACUCAGUCGACCUCUCCGGUAUCCCCCUGUCCACCCGUGACGUCCGCCAGGUCGCUUUCUACCUCCAGAACAACAGAGACAGCGUGAUGGCCGUGGACAUCAGCUUCACCGAGCUCCAUGACGACAACCUGAGGAUCCUCCUGCCCUUACUGGCCUCGCUGCCCAAACUCAGCACCCUGGCUCUGAACGGAAACCGCCUCACCCUCGGUAUCCUCAAAGACCUCACGGAGAUGCUCAAAGACCCCAAGAUGUUCUCCAGCCUGGCCUGGAUCGACCUGGGCAACAACGUGGACAUCUUCACCAUGCCUCAGCCGCUCCUCGUCGCGUUACGUCGGCGCUGCAGCCUGAAGAGCAGCUUACCCACGAUCUACGAGUACACUGAGGGUCAACCCUACUGCUACCACCUGGAGACGUCUAUCGAAGAGCCCAGCCUCUACGAGGAGGAAGAGGAGGAGGAGGAAGAGGAGGAGGACGACGAGAUGGGGAACAGAUUCAACCUGGAGCCGUGGUCUUUAGAGGAGAAGCAGCUCUCCAAAGACUUCACCCUCCACUUCUGUGAGAGGUGAUGGGGUCUUCUCUCGCUGAGGCUCUUUACACUGUGGUCGGAGCGUCACGCCACAGCACUCUGAUACUUCCUUUGCCCUUUCGCCCUCACACCACGAGCCCGCUCAACCUUUGAGGCACCAGGGAGACCGAUGCCCACAUUGUGAACUUCUCUCCACAGCUACCAAGCUAUUCCUAACCAUCUCCAAGUUAACCCACACAGGAGGACAGUGACGUGCCGACGGUGGACUUACCGUGUUGGUGGAUGGUGCUCUUGGGAACAAGAUGCGGUUUCAUUGGAGGGGGUCCGGAAGAGUUAAAAAUCCGGUGCUCUCUCUAUCUCUCUCUCUUUCUCUCUCUCUCGCUCGCUCUCUCUCUCUCUAAAAUGGCAGCUGAAGAGCCAAUCCCCUGGCGAUUUAGAUCAGUUGGUUGGAUGGAGGAGAGACAUCCCGGCGGUGGCUGAAGUGAAACCGGAGUUCGUUUGGAAACAGAGGCUCCCUGUGGGUUCUCUAACCAGGACUGAGACUAUCUCUGGCAGGCAGGGCCUAGCUCCACAUUGUGUGUUCUCUGUUAAUCUCUCAACAAAAGCUAUGACACAAGUUCAACAGACUAUACAGCCGACGACCCGUCACGUGACGCCGGCAAAACUGCUAGGUCAAGACUUUUUGCGUUUUCCCCCCCUUUCCAAAUGUCCACUUGUGAAUACCCACGCUGCGCCUGUGUAGAUGUAAACCGGGACACAAAACAUGGCUCUGUUGUGUUUCCACAGGCUAUUUUUGUGCACUUUAGGUGAACAAAGCAAUCUUAGAAGACAACAGGUAGGACUCGACAAUGGAUAGAUUGUUUGUUUUCUUUUUUGUACUUGCCUAAAAGCUGAUACUCACCUCUUUGUAAUUAUUGAUCUGUUGUAAAUCCUCACAUUUAACGACACUCUGUUUUUAUGAGCACUUCCCAAACUGCCAUGUUGUCUUUUCCAUUUAAUGAGUGUUCGUGUUUUAAGACAGCCAUGACUGUUACCUAUUAGUUCAAGUCCGUCUACGGUAGCACAUAACGAUAAAGUUAGACCGACUGAAACACUGCUGAGCACUUUAAGGGGACUUUUUCGUUCAUAUUUGAGUUUCCUAACAGCAUUAAAGGGAUAUUCCGGCGUAAAAUUAAUUUAGGGUCAAACACACCGUAACACCAAGUUAGACACCCCUUACUUCUCUAAUUAUACCAACUUUAGUAACGACCGCAAUAUAGCGAUACACAGCUCAAGGAAGAACAUUUAUGAUCAUUUCUUCAUGGAAAUACAAUCAGACCGAGACGCUAAGACAGAAGAACUACUGCGUCUGCAGUGCAAAAGGAUUAAUAUGGUGAUUAUUACUCGGGGGAAAUGAUCAUAAAUGUUCUUCCUUGAGCUGCGAAACUCCGCUGUAGUCUGUAAUGGACUGGCCUGAGGUCUCGCUACAAACAAGCGGCUGCUGGAAGAGAGUAGGUGAGUUGUGUUUAGUCUCUUUCCUAAAGAAAUCAGGCAAAGCUAAAAUGAUGUUUGGUGGCUAGUACUAUGGCUGGGACCCUAUAUCAGGGCUUGAAGACCUUCGGCACGGUGCCGGAAAUCCAGCUCGGGAUUUUUUUUUUCUAAAUCGUUUAAAAAAAAAAACCUAGUUAGUUAGAUUUGAGUAUGACCGGUAGAGGACAGCAUUAUGCUGGCUAGCGUACAUCCUGCCGGAGAAGAAAAAGACGCAUCAGCGAGCGGCGAACGGUAAAUUUCAAACAAUGGAGGCCAGGUACAUCAAUCCAGGAGAAGGAACAGUGAUAUUGGAAGCUGGGCUUGGGUGUAAGAGGCUGAAAAGAUGGAAAGCCUCACAGAAGCUGGUGCCAAAAACUGAAAGAGCCAGGAGCUUGUUUUUAUGUUGUGCACCGGAAAGCUUAUAAAUGGCAGCAGUGUGAAAAAGUUCGGCAAAGUUGAAAAGAUAUUCACAGAUUCCAGGAUCAAUAACUCUGAGACGAAACGUUUUAUAAACACAAAUAUCGUAAAAAUAAGCCGUUCUUCGAGCUGGAUGAAUUAUACUGAUCUCUAUGCGCAGCCAGUAGCCGGGCGAGUGCGCAGGGAUCGUCUGCAAAUUACGAUACAAGGGCAAGACGCUGCAAACAAAAAUCAAUAACUCUGCUGUAAGAUUCCAAAAUCACCAAACAUACCAAGGGACUCUUCAUACUACAACAGCUGUUUUAGGAAAAUGUGACUUUUUAUCAUUUUGGUGAAUUUUUAUUGUUAUGAAUCAUUAAUAUCUUCCAAUAUUAAUCAAUUAACAAACAGCUCCACUGUUAUAUAGUGUCACCUCCCCUCUGCUUCAAGCCCUGCUGUAUGUCCUGUUGAUGAAGUUCGGUGCUGUUCUGAGCGUCAUUUGUGGCGUUUUAGUUGAGGUUUGUUUAUGGCUCCUCAGACCGCUGUGUUUUGCUAUCGUGCGGUCUAACUCAGCGUUGCGGUGUAUUUGACCUUAAAUUAAUUUUACGCCGGAAUAUCCCUUUAACUCUCUGUGUGCAUUGUUUAUUACAGAUAUUUAUGAAGCUGAAGCGGAGUGCAUACCUCUCUGUAGGGUAAAAGAUGACCAAAAUGGCUCAUGAUUGUUAGAAGGCUCAUUACAACCUGCACCACCAGAUAUAUAAUAAAUGUUAAACUGUGUGUUUUAUGUGUUUGUACCUGAUAAGUGUCUGAUUACUGCUGUAAUUAUUUGUGUUAUCGUUUCGGUGUUUCGUCUUUUGUCCGACUCUGUAAUUAUAAUAAUGACUUUAAUAACUAUGACGCUGUGAAGCGGUAAACAGAUUUCACAACCAAUCAGAAAACAGGGCAGUAGAUUUUGUCCACUUGGUUUGUAGUUUGUUUUUGUGUCUCGACGUCAAACUUCCUUGUAGCCUGUGUGUACUCGUCUCACGCCAGACACUGACUGCCAAUAAAAGAACCCAACUGAGAGCUAA